AUGUCUGUGGCUACCGGCAGCAGCGAGCCGGCCAGUGGCGCAGGGGGCGGGGGCAGUCGGGUUUUUUUCCAGAGCCCCCGGGCUGGCGCAAGCGGCGGGUCGGGCUCCAGCACCGGAUCUGGUUCCUCCCGGGAAGAUUCUGCUCCGACAGUUGUGCCUGCUGUGGCCGGGCAGGUUCAGCAGCAGCAGCAACAGCAGCGGCGCCAUCAGCAGGGGAAAGUGACCGUGAAAUACGAUCGGAAGGAGCUGCGGAAAAGGCUAGUGUUGGAGGAGUGGAUCGUGGAACAGCUGGGGCAGCUGUACGGUUGCGAGGAAGAAGAGAUGCCAGAUGUCGAAAUUGACAUUGAUGAUCUUCUUGAUGCUGACAGUGAAGAGGAGAGAGCUCUCAAAUUACAGGAAGCUCUCGUAGACUGCUACAAACCAACAGAGGAAUUUAUCAAAGAACUCCUAUCUCGGAUAAGAGGCAUGAGGAAACUGAGUCCCCCCCAAAAGAAGGGUAUAUAAUUUUUGGCAUGGAGAGUAGAAUUCUCUCCAAGAGACACAGAA